AAUGGACAGUAAAAACCUAAUGCCACUCACGUAAACAUUUUUGACGAUUAGGAUGGUUCUUCCUUCAAUAAAAGCUGUAUAACUAAUUUAACAUCUCAUCUUUGAAUCUGCAACAUGCCUGACAAAUUAUCCCAAUGAAGCCUUGUUCGCCAUUUUCAGGGGAUGUUCGUUAUUUUUAGCACAAGCUUUGGAUUCAGAGGUUCAGCUAUGUCAAUUUCAUUGCCUGCAUAUGGCUUUGUGAAUGGUGGUGCUAGGUUUAGCACUGUCAAACAUGAAAGAAUUUGCAGGCCUUUUGCUUUUGGUGAAGGAAAAAUACGGGACAAGUUUUUCCCAUCGAGUUAUCGGAGGUCUAUAUUGCGGACCAAUCGAAAUUUCCGGAUUUAUUGCGUAAUUGAGGCAGGACAGAAGGUUUUUGAAUUCAGAAAAUGUGCCCCACUUCUUGAGAGCACAUUUUUAGAGCAAAAUGAAGUUUCAGACUCAACUGAAUGGAAGGCUGUUCCAGAUAUUUGGAGGACAUCAGCAGAGCAACAUGGUGAUCGAAUCGCUGUGGCAGAUUACUAUCAUGAUCCACCUUCCCAGAUGACUUACAAACAGCUCGAACAGGCAAUCUUGGAUUUUGCAGAAGGGUUGCGUGUUAUUGGCAUUUGUCCAGAUCAAAAGAUUGCCCUUUUUGCAGACAAUUCCUGCCACUGGUUGGUAGCUGAUCAAGGCAUUAUGGCAUCUGGAGCAAUAAAUGUCGUUCGUGGUUCCCGAUCAUCAAUGGAGGAACUAUUGCAAAUAUACAAUCAUUCUGACAGUGUUGCGCUUAUUGUGGAUAAUCCGAGUCUACUGAAUAAUCUUGCACCGAAGUUCAACUCCUACACAAACUUAAAGUUUGUUGUUGUCCUAUGGGGUGAGAAAUCAAUGGUUGACUCAAAUGUUGGAAAUACAAUAGCUCUCUACAGCUAUGAUGAAUUCAGUCAUAUGGGUCAUGAAAGCCGGAAGCGUUUGCUUGCAAACACAUCAGGUCAUUGCUUCAGAUACGAGGCCAUCAAAUCAGAUGAUGUUGCAACACUGGUGUAUACAAGUGGAACAACUGGGACUCCAAAAGGCGUCAUGCUUACACAUAAAAAUUUGCUGCAUCAGAUUAUGCAUCUAGGUGAGAUAGUGCCUGCCAUUCCUGGAGACAGAUUUCUUAGUCUUCUUCCACCAUGGCAUAUGUAUGAGCGUGCAGCAGAAUAUUUUACAUUCACUCGUGGGGUUGAGCAAGUAUACACUAAUGUGAAGAACUUGAAGGAGGAUCUGAAGCGCUAUCAAACAAACUAUCUGGUUUCAGUGCCACUCGUUUACGAUAUACUUUAUAGUGGAAUUCAGAAGCAACUUUCUUCAAGUUCAAAUGCAAAAAAACUUGUAGCACUAACCUUAAUAAACAUCAGCAUGUUUUAUAUGGAGUUCAAGAGGAUAUACGAGGGAAAAUCUUUAGCAAGGACAAGACACAAACAAUCAUUAUCAUUUGCUAUAUCAGAGUGGAUUUUCACUAGAAUUCUUGCAGCAUUAUUAUGGCCAUUCCACUUAUUAGGAAAGAAGCUUGUCUACAGCAAGAUUCAUUCCGCACUUGGAAUAAAUAAGUCUGGCAUAAGUGGUGGCGGAAGCCUUCCUUCCCAUGUUGACCGAUUUUUUGAGGCAAUCGGCAUAACCCUGCUUAAUGGAUAUGGUCUAACAGAGUCAUCUCCUGUUAUUUGUGCACGCCCAAAAGAAUGUAAUGUUCUUGGGACAGUUGGUAGAGCUCUUCCUGCUACUGAGGUGGAAGUUUUUGACUCAGAAACUGGAAACAAGCUUCCAGCAGGGUCAAAGGGUAUUGUCAAAGUUCGAGGUCCUCAAAUCAUGAAAGGAUAUUACAAGAAUCUGUUAGCAACAAAUAAAGCUAUAGAUAAAGAUGGCUGGCUUGACACGGGUGACAUAGGAUGGAUUGUGCCCCAGUCAUCAAUAGGUGCUGGUCGUAAUUGUGGAGGAAUGCUUGUUCUUGAAGGUCGUGCAAAAGAUACCAUUGUACUUUCUUCAGGUGAAAAUGUAGAACCAGAAGAAAUUGAAGAAGCUGCAAUGCAGAGUAACGUGAUCCAUCAAAUUGUUGUUGUUGGGCAGGACCAGCGCCGGCUUGGUGCUUUAAUAGUUCCAAACAAAGAAGAGCUGGACUUGGCAGCAAAAAGUUUGAUGAAAUCAAAGGAUAUUGCAUCAGAACCAACCAUUGUAGUCCUGAAUGAUUUGAUUCGGCAGGAACUAAAUAAAUAUACGUCAAGCUGCUCAUUUCAAAUAGGACCGUUUUUGCUGCUGGAGGAACCUUUCACGAUAGAGAAUGGUUUACUUACGCCAACCCUGAAAAUUCGGAGAGAUAUUGUAUUCACUCGGUUUCAUGAUCAAAUUGUUAGUCUAUUUAAAUAGAUCAAAGUAGAAUGAUGAAAUCAUGUAAUCAAUUUGAAUGUUUUUGUUGCAUAGAUAUUUAAUUAUCUCCUGGGCACAUUUUUUUCUAUAGAAAUAUUUACUCAGCUAAUGCAUAAAAAUAAGAUUUAAGACCUUUCCCACUA